AUGAGGGCGCUACCCCCCGGAUCCUCUUCUCCGGACAGGCCCGUGUCCUCUGCCCCCCCGCCUCCGUUAGCCGAGGUCCCUCCGGUCCCGCGGCUCCGCUGCCUCUCCCCCUCGCCUCCGCCUCCAUCUUCCGGUACGUGGGCCCCCCCCCCGCUUGAGCCUCGCAUUCGACGUGCCGCACUGCCCCGGCCCCCCCCCUGCCCGCUUGGGCCGUGGCUCGUGCCCCCGGCCGCGCGGCGUUGGGCCUUUCCAACGUGCCGGUCCUCCUCGUGGCGAGGCGGCCCGCUUCCGGGCCGCCGCGUGGCCCUGCCCUUCGUCCGCCGGUUGCGCCCAGAGUUACGCGUCCUUGGCCCGCCGCCUUCCUCCGCCCCGCGCCUGGCCUCGCCCUCCAGCCCUGCUGCCCCCGUGCACGGUGCGCGCGGCCGGCUCCUCCGCCGGUGCUGGCCGCCCGCGCCCCACGCCCUCUCCCCUUCCGGCCGGCCGCCGCGGGCGCCGCGCAGCCCCCCCGCCCCUGGCCGCCUGGCGACCUGUCUGCCUGGGUCCUCGCUUGCCCCCCUCCGUUGGCCUCCCGCCCCCCCGGCGGUUGCGCCCGCCCGCCUGCCGCGAUCGGAUCCCGCGAGCGCAGCGCGGUCCGCCCGACGUCCCCGGGCUGCCCCCUGCCGCGCCCGGGCCCGACCUUUGCGGCCCCUGCGGUCUGGCCCGCCCCAGUGCGCCACCCCCCCCCUGCGCGCGCCGGGCCCGCCUCCGAUUCCCGCCGGGGGUGCAGCGGGCUCCCUGGGCUGCUCAGGCCCCCCCUCGCUCCGCAGCCGCUCGCCCCCCCCUGCCACCUACAUUCCCCGGCGCGACCGAUCCGGCUUUUCAAUCCUCGCGCCCGGCCCCGCCCCGCCCGCCCCGCUUCGCGGGUGCCCAUCGCCUGGCCUCCCCCCGCCCGACCGGUCGCCGCCUGGCCCGCGGCCGCCCCCUCCCGCCCACGGGCCGUCCCGGCCGUGCGCGGACGCUCCGCGAAGCCCGCCCAAGCCGUCGUUCCGGGCGCUUCCCCCCCACGCCCAGCCGGUCCCCCCGCCCCCCCCCCUCUCUCCCUCCCCCGCGCCCCCCGCGGGACGCCCGCCACGCCGGUCCCCUCCCGGCGCCCCGCCUGCGCCCCUCGUGCUAGCGCCCUCCGGGCUCUCGCUUCUCCCCCACCCCCCCCCCGCCCCCGUCCCCCCGGACGCCCUCACCCCCCCCGCCGGUUGGGACGUCCCGCCGGCACCACCUCCGGGGCCCGCGUACUCGCUUCGGGCCACUCCUCUCCUCCCCCUCACCCCAUACUCCGUCGCGCCCACCCCGCCGGCGCCGGCAGCCCCCCCACCCCGCCCGCGCCGGCCGACCCUUUGCUCCGCGCCCUUCGCCCCGCGCGGUCGGUACGGAGCGCUCGUCCCCUCGGGCCCUGCCGCGCUGUCCGCCCCCGCCCCGCCGAUCUCCGCUGUCCGCGCCUGCGGCCCGGUCUCCCCCCCUCCCUCACCGGGCCCCGCCCCGCGCCCCGCUUCCCCCCCUCCCCUGCCCUCUCUCUUCUCGUGCGCUCCUCUGCCCGGGUGA